AAUUUAACAGCAAAAAAUAUUGCUAUUUCUGUUGUUAGUAGUAUUGUAGGAACUGCAAUUCUUAUUGGUAUUGGAGCUUUACUUUAUAAAUGGUAUAAACAAAGAAAGGAACAAGACAACUUUAAGGAUUUCUGGAAAUUUUAG